AAGAAGGGAAGACAAUCUGGUCUCCGGAUAGCGAGGCGAGGAUUUCAAGUAUACGCUGACACGGAGUUUGAUUCUGUGGAACAGGAACGAAAGAGAAUAAGAGCAAAUGAAAAUUACGAAGUAGCAGUCAAAAAAGCCUUUCCCAUCAUCACUUCUCUUUCUAAUACUCGAGAUCACACCCAAAAUGAACAGAGCAGGCAACAAACAUUGGGAAAUCAAGGAGAACCUUCAAGCGGAAUGGUACUCAGAAAAAAAGAGAAGGUUAAAUAUGCUGAAUCCUCAAACUCAUCAGAUUCUGAUGGCUAUGUAGAAUAUAAAAAUGCAAGAUCAAAACGAUAUGCCCGUGUUAAAUCUGUUUCUCGCGAAAUCACGCCGGUCCCAACAACUUAUUCAAUCAAACACACUUUAUUAGCGACACCUAAUAAACCCAUAAUUACGAAAUCAACGUAUCAUCAAUAUUCUGCACAUAUAAUUUGUGCUUUUAAUACAACAAUUCACCUUGUCAAGGAAACUCUUGAAGAACAAGCCUACGAAAAAGUUAAAAAUAUGCUCCAAAUGGGUAACAAAUUGGUUAUAAAGGAUUCGAUAGUCGAAAAUCUUGAAAAAAUAUUUCAAACAGAAUAUUCUGAAAUUGAAUCUAAAAUAAUUUCAGAGACAAAGAUUGGGGAUAACCAAGCAACGGAAGAGGAUCGGUUCAUAUUCUUUAUAAGAUAUGCAUUACUGGACUUUGUCUCAAUGUUUAAAUAUUUAACGCCAAAAGUUUUGGAUCGUAAUAUGCUUGAACGAUCUUAUAUCGUUGAAUGUUUGUCACCGAUUCUCCGCGCGUUUCGCAAUGCAUUUCCUGACAUAAAAUACAU